UGAAGCGAAGAGGAAGAGAGAGUGAGUGAGAAGCAUUGCCAAGCGCACACGGUAGAACGUUCAGUGGCAUGUAACAAACACUCAACAUGCUUGUAGUUGGCGCGAGGUUUUAGUAUCGUCGAAACGAAAGAGUAGUUUGCCCGUAUUCUUGGCACACGAACUAAAUAGAGCUGACAGACCGUGGACUUUUUACGAAGCCAUAUCCAAUACGGCCUACGAACGGGCAAAAGUGUCUCGCGGAAAUCGUAACAGUGUCUUGUUGUGUAGGUAAGCGUAGUGAAAUAGCGCGCAGAGGGAAUGUAAGGCGAAUUCUGACAUUUCCCCGAAAGAUACGUCGGCGGUUUGUUCGCGGUGUACGUUGCACGACAGGCGGAAAUUUUAGUGCAAAAAGGAAAAGGGAGUAUGGUGAAAUGUGUUCGACAGUACCGGCAUUAGCCGUGCACCUCUUAAAGCGGGUCACAAAACGUACAUAGAUACUGUUCACGACUUUGCUCUGUAAAAGAACUCGUCGUUCCUGCUGUACGAAAAGACGACGCGAAUACACGACAAGGACGCCCAGACUGGAACGAUCUUUCGAUUACUCUUUCGAAAAUUUGUCAAUGAAACGCGCGACUGGAUCAUGUUUGCGGGUAAUGUACGUUUAUUUGCCGGCACGGUGCCGUGAAUAUUUAUUUUUAGAAAAAAUCUCUGGCCCCGAUGGUGCGAAACAGAUAAUAAACAUAUAAAGAACGGUCGACGAUCGAAGAAUGGUGUCGCAAUAAAUUAACCGAAUGCGAUGUAAAAUUAAGACCUUCGGGAAUGGAAAGCAAAAAUGUAAAUUGAAGUGAACCCACGGGUGUGAGGCCAACGGUAAAGGGUGAAAGUGUAAUAUCAAAUCGAAUUCGAUUUUUUCAUGUGGUGCGGAAAGAAUAGUUCAAAGGCUAUGUUAUUCGUAUGUUUUUUCGCGAUCGCGGUGUGACCAGUGCAAGUUUCCAGUAAGAAAAAAGAAAAAAAAAAAAAAAGAAACAGUGUUCAACGAUAAUGUAACGAGCAAUCGAUACAUGCUCUCUUGCAAAUGUAGGACCACGGUACUGUCUCAAGGCAAGAUACGAACAGUGGACUUUUCUUCUACAGUCAGCAAUGUUAACGGUGGAAUUCCGCUCGAGAGGAAUCUGAAGGCGGGGACUCUGACGUCACUCCGCUCAUGAUAAUGAGAGCGCAGUGAAAUAUGCCAAGGAGACGGAAUGGGGAGAUACCGCUUCCGGAAGGGUGGGACGUCGCGCAAGACUUUGACGGAAAAGUGUAUUUCAUCGAUCACAACACAAGAAAAACAACGUGGAUCGAUCCUAGAGAUAGGUUUACAAAACCUCAAACGUUCGCAGACUGUAUCGGAAACGAGCUUCCACUUGGAUGGGAGGAAGCUUAUGACAAGCAUGUGGGUGCAUACUACAUUAAUCACGUCAAUCAGACGACACAACUCGAAGAUCCAAGACAAGAAUGGCGCGCCAUUCAAGAGGCCAUGCUUCGAGAAUAUCUUCAGACUGCACAAGACGUACUCGAGGUAAGAUUUUAAAGACCUUUCAAUUACUUUCAUUGCCUUUAAGCGCAGAAAUAGGUACUAGCCAGUGGUGAGAAGUGUCAAUUCACGUUUUAUAGUGCAAGUAACCCGUUACAUAUAUUUUACUACGCAAUACUUUAGUACAUACGUCCUACUAGGUGUUUUAGAAGAGCUGGUUUAUCGUAAGAAGUCACAAACUAUUUUAAAAUUGCUACACAUCCUAUUUCGAUCCACAUUUAAUUUAAGUUCGGGUUACGUCAUAAAUCUUGUAUUUAUUAUGGUAUAAUAAACAUACUGUUGCAACCCAGUUGCGGUCCCCCCCAACACAUGUUCGUUCGAGGAAUAGCCUGCAAUAUAUAUCGCACAAAAUGUUGUAAGAUAUUUUCUCUUUAAUAUCUAAAUUCAAUGUUUUAUACAGAAAGCUGGCUCGAACGUAACUAACUAAAUUAUUAUUAACAAACGAUUAACUAAUAAAAUGAACAACUUCUAAUACAUACUUCACGCGAAACACACACACAUAGUCGGCAAUGCCUUCAAUCGAAACUCUCACAUAAUAUAACCGCAUUCAUUCAUUACAAGCCUAAAGGUUGCUUGCAAUGUAUCGUCAUCAACAUUGUGCGAUGAAUGCAAAUUUCUGGACGCUUGUUUUGAUCUGCAUUGCGGUGAUUUAUGUCCCGCUUUUCCACACUUAUAACAUUUUACUUUGGUACUUCCCCGUCGUUGCAGCCUUACAUCCUUCUUGAAUUGAUUUCUAUUAUUAUUUUGGUCGCGUGGAUUAUAUUUUUGCUUGUAUCCAUUGCUCCAGAAGAAUCAACUGCACUUGACUUGGACCUAGCUUCGCUUUCUUUAAUAAUUUUUACUUUCAGUGUGUCUGGAUUAGGUAACUCGUAGCGAGACUCAAUUGCACAGCGAAAACUCUCAUAGCUGCUUCGUAGACUAUAUAAUAGAAGAAUAGCAGCAUGUAUUGUUACAUCCAUAGCAGCUAAUUUGUCAAUUGCAUCGAAAAACUUAUUCAAAUGUUCUCAAAUAUCUUCACGUUCUGACAUUCUAGACAAUGCCAACUGCUUGAGAAAUAUGAGGCUGGCUUCUCGCUGGCCCUUUAGAUGCGUACUCUGUCUCAAGUUUUCUCCAAAUUUCAUACAAGGUUUCGCAGCCUCGAAUCUGUUGCAACUCCUUCGAAUGAAUUAAUUAGACCAAUUUGGUGCGAUCCUUACAUUUUUUUUUAUACAUUUUUGUCUUGUAUCUCUUCUAUUCUAUUCUAUACUAUAUUUUUUGGGUGCGAUACCAGCACUAUCGGCUUUGUAAUAACACCAUUUAUCAUCUACUUUUGUAUCUCUUCUGCAUGAACUCUCCAGGAGUCAUAAUUCUCCUUUGUUAAUAGUUUUAUACGAGAA